UAAUGAGAUGUGUGCAGCGGAGAGCAGGGCUGCCGGAGACUCACUGUGAGCUACUAACACGGGUGGAAGAUUAGCUUUUGCAACACUCGGUUUGCAUGUACCGAAAGUCUUCUGUCUUCCGAGUCAACAUUCCCGGCCUGGUAAAGACCCCGAUCAGGGCUCUGGUGAACGAGCUGUAGCGCCUCUUCUGCCUGCGAACGAUUUGCCACAUCCCUCUGUAAGACUGGCGCCAGCAGAAAUGCAGUCCCAGAGGACCCCCGGGAGGAAGCGAGGCCGACCCCCGCUGCACCCCACGCCCGUGCGGAUGGCGGUCCAUAACCUUUAUUCCGCCUCGCCUGGUCCCUUACCAGCAGUGAAGAUCCCGAAGAAAAGAGGGCGGAAACCCGGGUACAAGCUCAAGUCUCGGGUUCUCAUGACUCCUUUGGCCCUCUCACCUCCGAGGAGUACGCCAGAGCCUGACCUCAGUUCCAUCCCUCAGGAUGCAGCCACCAUCCCCAGCUUGGUGAUCCCACAGGAUCUAACAGUCUGCCUCUACAUCAACAAGCAAGCCAACGCAGGGCCCUACCUGGAGAGGAGGAAGGUGCAGCAGCUUCCCGAGCACUUCGGGCCCGAGAGGCCGUCGGCAGUCCUGCAGCAGGCCGUGCAAGCGUGCAUCGACUGUGCCCACCAGCAGAAGCUGGUCUUCUCCCUGGUCAAGCAAGGCUACGGUGGCGAGGUGGUGUCAGUCUCGGCGUCCUUUGAUGGGAAGCAGCACCUGCGGAGUCUGCCCGUGGUGAACAGCAUCGGGUACGUCCUCCGCUUCCUCACCAAGCUGUGCCGCAGCCUCCUGUGUGAUGACCUCUUCAGCCACCAGCCCUUCCCCAGGGGCUCCAGUGCCUCUGAGGAAGCCCAGGAGAACCAGGAAGGCAGGAUGGAGUCAGCCAAGACAUUCGCCACUGCAGAGUGCCGCCUGGCGACCCCCGCGGGCAUGAGCCGCUACAGCUUGGACCCCGCCACCUCGGCCUUUAGCCACAGGGGCUCCUUGCCCGCCUCCUCCUCGCUGUACUGCAAGAGGCAGAACUCUGGAGACGGCCACCUUGGGGGAGGCCCAGCCGGCACCUCUGGAGGCCCAUCGGCACCUGGGCUGAGGCCCCCAGGCUCCAGCCCCAAGAGGAAUGGGACCUCUCUCGAAGGAAACAGAUGUGCCUCAAGCCCUUCUCCAGAUGCACAGGACAGCAGGCGGCCAAGGAGCCGGAACCCGUCCACCUGGACCGUAGAGGACGUGGUCCGGUUUGUGAAAGACGCUGACCCGCAGGCUCUGGGCCCUCACGUGGAGCUCUUCAGAAAGCACGAGAUUGACGGCAACGCUCUCUUGUUGCUGAAGAGUGACAUGAUUAUGAAAUACUUGGGCCUGAAGCUGGGACCUGCACUGAAACUCUGCUACCACAUUGACAAACUGAAACAGGCCAAGUUCUGAAGGUUUUCAAAAGAUAGAAGCAAAAUCUAGACAGCAGAUCUCAAGAUUAU